GCCUCCUGUCUGGCUCUUUCAAGAUGGAGGAGAAGCCGGCGGGAGAGCCUACUCAAGUGGUGUCUAAAUUCAAACUUCCCACCAAGGGAGAGAGCGCAGGACACUGGCUGGUGGAGGGUCAUGCUCGUAUAUGGGAAGUUCUAAAGACAGAGGAGAGCUCGAUUCAGGACUGGGGUGAAGAGGUAGAGGAAGGAGCUGUUUACCAUGUCACCCUCAAAAGAGUCCAGAUUCAACAGGCUGCCAAUAAAGGAGCAAGAUGGCUAGGGGUUGAAGGGGACCAGCUCCCUCCAGGACAUACGGUCAGUCAGUACGAGACCUGUAAGAUCAGGACCAUAAAAGCGGGCACCUUGGAGAAGCUCGUAGAGAACCUGCUGACGGCUUUUGGGGACAAUGACUUUACCUAUAUCAGCAUCUUCCUGUCAACAUACAGAGGCUUUGCCUCCACCAAAGAGGUGCUGGAACUGCUGCUGGACAGGUAUGGAAACCUGACAAGCCCAAACUGUGAAGAGGAUGAAAGCCCCACUUCAUCAGAGUCCAAGACGGUGAUCCGGAAUGCAAUCGCCUCGAUCCUGAGGGCCUGGCUUGACCAGUGUGCAGAGGACUUCCGAGAGCCCCCUCACUUCCCUUGCUUACAGAAACUGCUGGAUUAUCUCAAACGGAUGAUGCCAGGCUCUGAUCCGGAGAGAAGAGCACAAAAUCUUCUGGAGCAGUUUCACAAGCAAGAAGUGGAAACUGACAAUGGGUUUCCCAACACCGUCUUCUUCAGCCUGGAAGAGGAAGAGGAACCGGAAGGUGGAGGGUCCGCAGAAUUCACGUGCUUCCCAGAAGACCUUGUGGCAGAGCAGCUGACUUACAUGGACGCUCAACUAUUCAAGAAAGUAGUGCCUCACCACUGCCUAGGCUGCAUUUGGUCUCAAAGGGAUAAGAAGGAAAACAAACAUUUGGCUCCUACGAUCCGUGCUACCAUCUCUCAGUUUAACACCCUCACCAAAUGUGUUGUCAGCACCAUCCUGGGUGGCAAAGAACUCAAAACUCAGCAGAGAGCCAAAGUCAUCGAGAAGUGGAUUAACAUUGCUCAUGAAUGUAGAAUCCUGAAGAAUUUUUCUUCCUUGAGGGCCAUCAUUUCAGCACUGCAGUCCAAUUCCAUCUAUAGGUUAAAAAAGACCUGGGCCUCCGUCCCGAAGGACCGGAUGCUGAUGUUUGAAGAACUUUCAGAUAUCUUCUCUGACCAUAAUAACCAUCUGACCAGCCGGGAACUCCUAAUGAAGGAAGGAACCUCAAAAUUUGCAAACCUGGACAGCAGUGUGAAGGAAAACCAGAAGCGGACUCAGAGGAGGCUUCAGCUCCAGAAGGACAUGGGUGUGAUGCAGGGAACUGUGCCCUACCUGGGCACCUUCCUGACUGACCUGACCAUGCUGGACACUGCUCUUCAGGAUUACAUUGAGGGAGGGCUGAUAAACUUUGAGAAAAGGAGAAGGGAAUUUGAAGUGAUCGCCCAGAUAAAACUCUUACAAUCUGCCUGCAAUAGCUAUUGUAUGACCCCGGACCCAAAGUUCAUCCAGUGGUUCCAGAGGCAGCAGCUCCUAACAGAGGAGGAAAGCUACGCCCUGUCCUGUGAGAUCGAAGCAGCUGCAGACGCCAGUGCCACUUCACCCAAGCCUCGGAAGAGCAUGGUGAAGAGGCUCAGCCUAUUGUUUCUGGGGUCAGACAUUAUGACCAGUAGCACUCCCACCAAAGAGCAGCCCAAGUCCACUGCCAGUGGGAGCUCUGGUGAAAGCAUGGACUCCGUCAGUGUGUCGUCCUGCGAGUCAAACCACUCAGAGGCUGAGGAGGGCUCCAUCACUCCCAUGGACACACCUGAUGAGCCUCAAAAAAAGCUCUCUGAGUCUUCCUCAUCAUGUUCUUCUAUCCAUUCCAUGGACACAACUUCCUCAGGGAUGUCGUCCUUAAUAAACCCCCUCUCCUCCCCUCCGGCCUGCAACAACAACCCUAAAAUCCACAAGCGCUCCGUCUCGGUGACAUCCAUUACCUCGACAGUGCUGCCUCCCGUUUACAACCAACAGAACGAAGACACCUGCAUAAUCCGCAUCAGUAUAGAGGACAACAAUGGCAACAUGUACAAGAGCAUCAUGUUGACAAGCCAGGAUAAAACCCCCGCAGUGAUCCAGAGGGCGAUGCUGAAGCACAACCUGGACUCAGACCCGGCUGAGGAGUAUGAGCUGGUACAGGUCAUCUCGGAGGACAAAGAACUCGUGAUCCCAGACUCAGCCAAUGUCUUUUAUGCCAUGAACAGCCAAGUGAACUUUGACUUCAUUUUACGCAAAAAGAACUCCAUGGAAGAACAAGUGAAAUUGCGUAGCCGGACCAGCUUGACAUUGCCCAGGACAGCUAAACGGGGCUGCUGGAGCAGCAGGCACAGCAAAAUCACCCUCUGAAGGGAGGGACCAGCGGCCCCUUGCUUGCCGAAGUCGGAGUGAGGCUGACAACAGGCCGUGGCAAUUGCAACAACCAUCCAGUGUUAGAGGAUCAUUGGUGAAGUCAACAGAUAUUUACUGAGUACCUCUAGUGGGCAGGGCACUAUGACAGGCAUCGUGGGGGAAAUCGGAGAGGAGUUUGACAUGCAAAGGAUGAAUGUUUCACUGAUUCUCUUUGACCUAUUUGAGACUGAAAUGCAAAAUUAUCCACUUUUAUAAAUAUAUAUAUGUACACAUAUUUGAUAUGUAUGUGUGUGUGUGUAUAUACACAUAUAUAUGUUUGUACAUA